AUGUGCGAUCAACCUAUACAAAUAGCUGUUAUAGGUGAUAAAGCUGUUGGAAAAACAUCUAUAGUUCGUCAAUGGUUGUACAAUGAUUAUUCUUCAACAUAUUCAGCAACACGUUUAGCAACGUAUCAUUUUACAUCAUUAUUUAAUGGUCAACGUUUAUUUCAUAUACGUAUAAUUGAUACACCACGUUUUGAUGAAUCAAAUAAUACUGAUCCACAACAAGAAUGGGUACGAAUGUAUUGCUUUCGUCGUGCACAUUUAUUUCUAUUAGUAUUUGAUACAACUCGUGAAGAAACAUUUACUUAUAUAAAAAAUAUUUAUCGUGACAUAAUUCGUGUUAGAUUAAAUUAUAAUAAUUAUUAUUCUCAACAACAAACCAAUAGUUCAUCUGAUAUAAUUAAUGAUGAUGAUGAACAGUCAAAUAUACAUAUACCUGUAAUUGUUGUUGCAAAUAAAAUUGAUUUAAUUUCAACAGAUUUACGAUUUUCAAAUUUAACAUUAAAUAAUUCACGUGAUAUACAACAGUAUGUUAAAAAAAAUUUUAAAGCAAAUACGAUUUUAUGUUCAGCUAAAUAUCAUUGGCAUUUAGUUUUAUUAUUUAAAGAAGUUUGUCAUAUGUUAGAAACAGCUGAAGAUACUGUUGCUAAACAAGCUGCACAACAAGCUCGACGACGGCUUCAACAGCAUGGCAAACAUUGUCGCGUGAUGUAA